AUGGACAGAGGAAGGAGAGGAACGAAUGGAUCCUUCAAACGAUCGUCCAUCAAACGCAGCGCAUCGUCUGGAUCACAGAAGGUUCACAGAGUCUGGAUCGAGAGGACGUUCCAGAAGAGAGAAUGUAUCCAGAUCAUUCCCAGCAAAGACGCCAGCAGGUGCAGUUGUGGUCAGCUGGUGACUCAGCACACUGCCAUCCUUCCGGGGGCCAAGGAGGAGGGGGCCCCACUGGUUCAGCUGGAGGUCCAAACUGCAGAGAGAUGGAGUCCCCUCAAACACACCCAGGGAUCCCCGACUGAUGCCUACGGAGUCAUUGAGUUCCAGGGAGGAGGACAUAUCAACAAGGCCAUGUACAUCAGGGUCUCCAAUGACUCUAAACCGGACUCCCUGCUCCACCUGAUGGUGAAGGACUGGCAGCUGGAGCUCCCUACGUUGCUCAUCUCUGUCCACGGAGGCCUUCAGAACUUUGACCUUCCUCCCAAACUCAAGCAGGUCUUUGGGAAGGGACUGAUCAAAGCCGCUGUGACCACCGGAGCCUGGAUCUUCACCGGAGGAGUCAGCACAGGAGUGAUCCGCCAUGUUGGAGACGCCCUCAAAGACCAUUCGUCCAAGUCCAGAGGGAAAGUCUGUGCCAUCGGCAUCGCACCGUGGGGGAUCAUCGAGAACAAAGAAGACCUGAUUGGGAGAGACGUGACUCGGUCGUACCAGACCAUGUCCAACCCGCUCAGCAAGCUGUCGGUGCUGAACAACAGCCACUCCCACUUCAUCCUGUCCGACAACGGGACCACCGGGAAGUAUGGCGCCGAGGUCCGCCUCCGCCGGCAGCUGGAGAAACACAUCGCUCUGCAGAAGAUCAACACACGUCUGGGUCAGGGGGUCCCGGUGGUGUGUCUGAUCCUUGAAGGGGGUCCUAACGUCAUCUCCAUCGUGCUGGAGAGUCUGAAGGAGGAUCCUCCCGUCCCUGUUGUGAUCUGUGACGGCAGCGGUCGAGCCUCUGACAUCAUUUCAUUUGCUCACAGAUAUUGUGCGGAGGACGGGCUGGUGAGUGACAGCGUCAAGGAUCAGCUGCUGGUCACCAUCCAGAAAACCUUCAACUACAGCCGCAGCCAGGCGCAGCAGAUCUUCCUCAUGGUGAUGGAGUGCAUGAAGAAGAGAGCUCUGAUCACAGUGUUCAGGAUGGGGUCCGAGGGGCAACAGGACAUUGAGAUGUCGAUCCUCACAGCUCUGCUCAAAGGGACCAAUGCAUCAGCGUCAGAUCAGCUGAGUUUGGCUUUGGCCUGGAACAGAGUGGACAUCGCUCGUAGUCAGAUCUUUGUGUACGGACACCACUGGCCCGUGAGUCCACCUGUCUGUCUGUCCGGUCUGUCCACCAUUCUUUUCACCUGGGGGGGAGGAGGGGGAGGGGCAGGGAAAGGGAAAGCCAGAGGAAAGAAGGGAAAAGGAGGAAAAACUAAAGUUGAACCUCCUGAAGAGACCGACCCCAGAAAACUGGAGCUGCUGAGCUGGGUGAACUCUCUGGAACAGGCCAUGAUGGACGCUCUGGUUCUGGACAGAGUCGACUUCGUGAAGCUGCUGAUUGAAAACGGUGUGAACAUCCAUCACUUCCUGACCAUCCCUCGCCUGGAGGAGCUGUACAACACGAAGCUGGGUCCGGCCAACACGCUGCACUUUGUGGUCCGUGACGUGAAGAAGGGGAACCUACCUCCAGAUUACCAGAUCACGCUGAUCGACAUCGGACUGGUGCUGGAGUUUCUGAUGGGUGGAGCCUAUCGCUGCAAGUACACCAGGAAGAGCUUCAGGGCGCUGUACAGCAACCUGUACGGCCUGAAAAGACCAAAAGCUCUGAAGCUUCUUGGGAUGGAGGACGAUGAGCCUCGCUCGAAGGGAAAAGGAAAGAAGAAUAAGAAGAAGGAGGAGGAGGUGGAUAUAGAUAUGGACGACCCUGAGGUCAGCAGGUUUCAGUACCCCUUCCAUGAGCUGAUGGUGUGGGCAGUGCUGUUGAAGCGCCAGAAGAUGGCGCUGUUCCUGUGGCAGCGGGGGGAAGAGGCCAUGGCCAAAGCUUUGGUGGCCUGUAAACUCUACAAGGCCAUGGCCCACGAGUCAUCUCAGAGCGAGCUGGUGGACGACAUCUACCAAGAUCUGGAGAACAACUCCAAGGAGUUUGGUCAGCUAGCCUACGAGCUUCUGGAUCAGUCCUACAAACACGAUGAGCAGGUGGCCAUGAAGCUGCUGACGUACGAACUGAAGAACUGGAGUAACUCCACCUGCCUGAAGUUAGCUGUCGCUGCCAAACACAGCGAGUUCAUCGCUCACACCUGCAGCCAGCUGCUGCUGACAGACAUGUGGAUGGGCUGUCUGAGGAUGGGCAAGAGCAACAGCCUCAAGGUGAUUUUAGGCAUCGUUUUCCCUCCUUUCAUCCUCCUCAUGGACUUUCGUCUUGGAGAGGAAGCCUCAUUCAAUUCGUCCAAAGAGAAUGAGGACAGUAAAAAUAAAGAUGACGACAACAAAUCCAGCAAGGAUACCGUCUCUAAUGUUGACACGACAUCAAAGAAAGGAGACGAAGAAGAAAACCAGAAGAAACAUCGGAGGAGGGUUCCCAUCGGGAGGCGGAUCUACGAGUUCUACAACACUCCCUUCACCAAGUUCUGGUUCAACACGAUCAUGUACAUGGUCUACCUGAUGUUGUAUAACUACAUCAUCCUGGUGAAGAUGGAGCGAUGGCCGUCCCUGCAGGAGUGGAUCGUCAUCUCUUACAUCAUCACUCUGGGAAUGGAGAAAGUCCGACAGAUCCUGAUGUCGGAGCCGGGGAAGCUGAAGCAGAAGAUCAACGUGUGGUUGGAGGAUUACUGGAACAUCACCGACCUGGCGGCCAUCUCCGUCUUCCUGCUGGGUCUACUGCUGCGGCUGCAGAACGAGCCCUACAUGGGCCGCGGACGCGUCAUCUACUGCGUGGACAUCAUCUUCUGGUACAUCCGAGUCCUGGACAUCUUCGGAGUCAACAAGUACCUGGGACCAUACGUCAUGAUGAUCGGGAAGAUGAUGGUGGACAUGCUGUACUUCGUGGUCAUCAUGCUUGUCGUGUUGUUGAGCUUCGGAAUCGCUCGACAGGCUAUUCUCCAUCCAGACGAGAAGCCGACGUGGCGUCUGGCUCGCAACAUCUUCUACAUGCCGUACUGGAUGAUCUACGGAGAGGUGUUUGCCGACUCCAUAGACCGUAAGACUAGAGUUCAUAUUUACGCGAUGGAAAUCAAUCCUCCGUGUGGAGACAACAUGUACGAUGAAGACGGGAAGAAGCUUCCUCCCUGUAUCCCCGGAGCCUGGCUCACUCCCGCCAUCAUGGCCUGUUACCUGCUGGUCGCCAACAUCCUACUGGUCAACCUGCUCAUCGCCGUCUUCAAUAACACCUUCUUCGAAGUGAAGUCCAUCUCCAACCAGAUUUGGAAGUUCCAACGUUAUCAGCUGAUCAUGACUUUCCACGACCGUCCUAUCCUGCCGCCGCCGCUCAUCAUCUUCCCACACAUCUACAUCCUCCUGAAGAGGCUGUGCUGCCACUGCCGCCGCCGGCCGGAGGGAGACCACGACGACCGCGAGAGACGACUCCAGCUGGUGUUGAAUCCAGAAGAGUUAAAGUCUCUUCACGAGUUCGAGGAACAGUGUGUGGAGGAAUACUUCAGAGAGAAAGACGACGAGAAACAAUCGUCCAACAACGAGCGAAUCCGAGUCACAUGUGAGAGGGUGGACAACAUGUUCAUGCGUCUGGAGGAGGUGAACGAGCGCGAGCACUCCAUGAAGGCGUCCCUGCAGACGGUCGACCUCCGCCUGGGUCAGCUGGAGGAGUUCUCUGGUCGGAUGAUGAACGCUCUGGAGAAGCUGGCCGGCAUCGACCGAGCCGACCUGGUCGGGAGCCGCUCCAGAGGGUCGUCGGUGUGCGAACCGGCCGCUCUGCUGCGACACGGCAGCAUGAACAGCUCCGAUGGCUACAGUCUGUACCGAUACCAACUGGAGCAUGACGACCGGGUCUCUGUGUCCGGAGACACGGAGACGAAUGAAAAGAAGGUGCCGCUGAGUCCAGAGAGACAUCGAGGAGACGCAGCAGGUGAGGUGAAGGGGUUCGGUUCGACCCUGGAGGUGCAAGGCCUUAGGGACAGGACUCAGUCUCAGUCCAACGUGGACAUCUUGAUCUCCCCCUGCGACCCGGACCUCCGACCAGCCCACCCCCAACCUGCUUCCCCUCAGGUGGAGCUAACGGACACUGAUGUGGAGAAACCUCCUGAGAAAAGCCGGCUGCAGGCGGUGGCCUCGUUCCCUCUGGAGACGCCAAAGGUCACCGACUAUUUAUCCUCCAGCAGGAAGUCAAUCAGCAGCAUCGUCUACAGCCCCGCCCACCAGGCUCAGGACGCAGCCGUCAGUUUGACCCCCCAAGAGGCGUCUGCUAUGACGGAGGACAGUGGCGGAGGAACUGAGCCCAAACAGGAAGUGGAGCAUCCUGGGUAUUCCGAUGGGGAGCAGGGGGGUGAGACAUUGAUUGAUAGCCAUGGUAAUGGAGAGGGGGAGGAGUCAUCAGAGCUGUUGCUGCUGGGGGGGGACAGGAUGUACCCGACACUUCGCUCCAAGAGUCUGAACGUCAACCCGAGGAAGACGAGGAAGAAGGAGGACGAGGAGACGCUGCGCUUAGCGAGCAGCGUCCGGGACCUGGUGUCAGCGUUCAGCGGGGGGGCGGGAGACACCAGACCAGAACCAGGUCCGAGUCCGAGUCCAGGUUCAGGUCUUUAACAGCUGUUUAAAGCCAUUUUUUUAGACGUGUCCUGCAGAGAAGUGGGUCCGGACCUUCUCCACAGUUUACCUCUCACACGUGCACUGCAUGGAUUCAAACAGCCACAGAGUCUCAGGUGAGGGGUGGAGGCGGAGCCAGAGGCAGGAAGUGACGUUUCAUUUCCACCGGGUAGAUCAUGUGUUUAUGUUUCCAACAAAUUGUUGUUCUCUAUUUGGUCGUGUCAGACACACAAUCUCCGGAGUUCAGUGAACGUGUGAAACCAACUUACGUUACCGUUCAAUUCCACAGUCGUUUGUUUGUUUGUUUGUUAUGAUGAUUCAUUUAGUUCUUUUAUCAGAUUUUUUAGAAUAUUAUCAUAUUUCUGCAGCUAUCAGACACAAGGAGUGAAGGUUAUAAAAGGUAAUAAAAAGCAACUGUUAAAUUUAACUUUAUAUUAGAAUAUAUUAAAUUGUUUGUCUGAAAUAAAGGGAAUUAAAUGAGUAGUUUAGUUUUUAUAUUUAUUAGAUUGUAAUGUUUUUACUGU